AUGGACUCAAUCAAUAGCGUUACGUUUGAGUGGGUCCGCGCUGGUCCGGCGUACACUUUAGACGGUCCACACGUGUAUCAUUCUGGUUGUUUAGGAUCAUAUCAACCUGCCAUUGGAGGUUUAGAGAUGCCCGCAGGACAUGGGAAGUAUUUCUAUGAGAUCCAAACAAGCGAUACGAGGUGCAAAGUCGGUGUGUGUACGGAAGAUGCAUUUCUUUCGAAUGUUAACUUGGGGGACGUUGAGCUGCAUGCAGCGCAGCCGAGCAGCUCUUUAAAUAGCCGGCUGUCCGAAGCUAAUUGCUGCCUCUUUAACUGCCUGACAUGCGCCGUUGAGGUGAAUGGUGUGGAGGUCAGGAGUUUAUGGCGGUUGUUAGUUCCCUCGGCAGGCGCGCGCUUCGGGUUUCUUGUUAAUACCGACGAGGGCGCCGUCCAGCUUUAUGUCAAUGGUGAAUAUCAGGGGCUCAUUGCCGACACCGCUACCGGUUUUAAGGGGAAGAAACUUCGGCCGUGCAUAGCGCUGGACGCUCCUCCCACGUGCGGUGCGGGAGCUGAGGCAAACAAAAGCAGUGCCUCCGUCGUGCCACCGAGGAAAAUUAUCGCAAGUACAGCUUGA